CGCGCUGGCCUGCGUGGCAGCGUGACUGGCUUACGUUUACGUUACGGUUACGGGUUAGGCCUUGUCUUUGUGUGUGUGUGUGUGUGUGUGUGUGCACGACUCUCUCUAAUGUUAUUAUUGACGUUGAAUGUUGAAUGUUGUGUGUGCGCGACCCCAAGUGAGGACGUCGCGCGCUACUGCUGCUGCUGCAUAUCUCUCUGCCUCGAUCGAGGAAAUCGCGCCAGUUAUAUUCCGGGCACGGCGUGAUCGUUGCUCUCAAAGUCAUCGUCGGACGUAUUCGCGCAGGGCUUGAGAAUGCCAUAUAUAUCUAUACAUAUGUAUACAUAGAGAGCCCGAGACGCAUAUUACACCGACGAGAGAGGGGGAGAAAGUUGCUGAUCAGGAAUAUUAUACGCUUCCUACGCUAGCUAUAUAUACAUAUAUAUGUGUGUGUAUAUAUGUAUAUACAAUAUACAGAUAUACAUGUUACACACGCGCCACAGUCAGUGAUAGGUAGUACGAAGAAAUACGUCGAUGUUCGUAUAGAGCGCGCUCGCACACAGCGACGCAAGAUAAAUACACACGGACGUAUCGUAUAGGAGCGCUGCUGCGAGGAAGAGAGAGACGGACGAUUGACAAGGCUGACCGACAGAGCGGGCCUCUCUCUCUUACUCGCUUUUGCGUGAGAGUGUCGUUGCAAAAAAAUUUUCUAACCCCUCCGCGCCCUCGGCAUCUACGAGGGCCACCCGAGCUGCGAAGUCUCCACGACGACCCCGAGUCGAGGCCCGAGUCGAGCUGCUGCCAGCCAGCGCAGUUGUCAAAAAACAAGGACGACAUAACCUGUAAAUCGCAACCCAACGCAGAGUCUGAACUACAUUGCGUAUUUUUCGUCUUGUCAGCAGUGUUCAAGCCUGGAAACCAUGGGAUUCUGAUCCAAAGAGUGCUACUGUGUGUGCAUACGAUUUUCUCCGCGAGUUUUUCUCAGUGCUGUGUUCGAAGAGAACUGCGUAAUGCUCACUGUCGAAACCUGCGAUUGCCUUGUUUUAGAGCUGGACUGAGGGGCCAAGUGAGAGAUGGAUUGUGUUGGUUGAUCGAGUAUUGGACCAGUACUGUUGAUAAACAUGCUAAAAUCUUUGGAGUAAACAAGAGAACAAAGACUUUGCUUCUACUUUUAAGAAGAUAAUUUGAGUGAACGAGUGCAACUAUGAAAAGUUAUUUACAAACUGAUUGCCUGGUUGCAGAUGCAAGCAUUUUGUCGAGUAAAUACCUCAGCAUACAAAUAAGUAGUCAGAACAGUUGCGGAUACGCAGGAUUUAUAAAUAAGUAGGAGGUAUCGUUUAUAUUGUCCACUUUAGAGAUGUAAAAGUUGAAUACCGCAAGUGCAAAAACAUGAAAUCUAUUUUGAGCAGUCUAUUGUACAAGUAAUUUGAGAUUGACAACAGAUUCUAGCAGUAUGAGAAUAACGAAUAUAUCUGUAACUGCCUUCGAUGAAAUCUGGCUCAGUAGAAAAGGAGUUUGAAGAGUUUUAUUAUGCAGUUAUCGCAAAGGUCAAGAAAAGUAUCAACCAAUGAAGAUCCUAAACUCAAAGCAGCCAAGCAUGGACAAUAAAUUAAAAUUUUCCGAUCGCUUCAAACUUUCUCACCUUCAAAGUUCAGACACGCAGAAAGGUGUAGAUCCAUACGUGUUUAACGAUACCGAGCAGCCGUUUGUUGUAUCAACAGGUGGCAAAAACAUAAAGUUGAUAGCUCCAAAAAACUCGAAAAUUCCAAACACGAACAGGAACAAGUCAAAAGGUAAAUGUUUGAAGACAAAAAUCAAAACAGAGCCUACACCAAAUGCUGGGUUCAAAACAGAACCAGGUUCAGAUGUAGACAGCAGUGCAGUCAAGCAUUUGCAUCAAGCUCAUCAAUAUGCCUUACAGCAAAAACAGAGGCAUCUAAUAAACUUACAACGAUUAAAAGAAAAACGUAAAUGUAGGGACCACACGCUUCAGUACUAUCCAAGAGCUGGCGAAGAGAUAUCGGACAGUGAAUCCAGUGCAGAUGAACUUCAGACAUAUCAGCGUCACUGGUAUGCUGGGGAGUUGGAAGCUUCCUCAGCCAGAACUAAUCGACUAGCUCAACUGCACUCUCAGCUUCAGCGGCAGCUGCACCAGCUCCAGACAGAGGAUGAGGAGAUGAAAUCCAACCUGAAGCACAAGACACGAGUUCUUUUGGCAGCCGCAAUUCGAGACCCUACGACGACAGCCCGGAUACUCAGUGACUCGAGAACAGGUAACAAGAUCACGGAUGGUCCCUUGGUGGUCGGUGGGCCCUGUGGAGCGGACGGCUGUCAACAGAACUCGCUUCCCUGCACCCGGCACUGUUCGCGCCAUAUCAUGCUCAACAGUGACCAGCUAUUGUUCGAACACUGCACGGCUAAGUUCAGCGACAACACUCAAUGUUGCAUCCCCGUGUUUGACGUGGCGCACGAGUUGCCGCUUUGUCCGGAACACGCGAGAAAGCGGGACAACUACCAUCGUCGAGCUCAGGAGUCAAAACCAAAGAAGGCGCGCAGCAAGAAGCCCAGUUCGCCAGCUACGCCUUGUGCAGCGCAACAUGUCGUCCCAACAACUGCUAUCCCGACGACAACGGCGACGAGUCCGAGGCCCAGCAAAUCCAAGUCCAGACCGAAGAAACGCAAGAGGCCACCCUCCGGCGGCAGCAAUAGCGGCGGGAAGCUGGACGUCAAGGCAACAGCUGUACCAGUCCUGUCGCCAAUGACGGUAUCGGUCCCAGUGCAGCAGGUCCCUCCGAUGAUGACUCCGGUGGCAAUCCCUGCGGCGGCGGCCGUAACACACCCACAUCACCAGCUGAUGGUGCCUGACGAGAACCACUUCACGAGUCCCAUAAUCGCCUCGGCAAACGAGAUCCACACCAAGACGCUGAACAAUCUGAACGCGGUACCACCACACAUAGCGCCCAAUGCCAUAACGAACCUUGGCAAUCUUGGCUUGGACAUCGGCUCCUUGGGCCUCGGUCCCGGGCUCAAGGUCGAACUCGACGACCACGAGGUCUUCGCCUCACUGGAUCACACCUCCGAGCAUGACUUUGAGAACGUACUCAAUAAUCUGCCGGCAGACGCUUUCAAUGACUUGUUCAUCGAAGGCAGAAACGGUGACUACGAGCCAUCGCGCGAGGAGGAAGAAGAGCUUGAACGGGCGGUCGAAGCUUUCGACAAGGACGUGAGGAACCUGGAGCGCAUGGGCCAGACGCAUGGGCUCCUAGAGCCAGCUUUACUUGCCCAGCUCAUGUCGGAUAUAGCCUCGUAGCCCCCACCGCCUCAGUAAACGAUCGACGCUAAGACAGCAAAGCACGUGUUCCUUUCUUAGAGCGUCGAGAAGCAGGACCAUAGCUUAUCACUGCUGUAGCGUUGAGAUUGUUGUCCUUUUUUAUAGGUAUCACGUGUACACGCGCACGUUCAUGUGUAGGUAUUAUGAAUAUUGUUGCGUAUUACACUCGCACUCGAUUAUUUAAUUUGAUGGUCGUUACAUAGUCAAAAUGGUUUUACAAAAAAGAAAUAUGAUUUUUUCGUUUAUGUCUUCUUUGACCUAGAAGAACACUCUAAAUGUGGUAUAAAAAAGCAUCGUGGUAUUCUGUAAUAACGUCGGGCUGGUCUCUAUAAUUUGUAUAAAAGAAAAAAAUGAACAAAAAACGGUAAACGAGCGCGUGGGCGGGCUGUCGGGCGAGGAUCUAAGCUCAUUAUUUCUGGCCGAAUACGAGGAUAAACUAUUAUAGCAUUGUAAUUAUUAACACUAAGGAUCGGUUGAGCAUUUUCAACCCCCAUGAACUCCUAUAGUUUUAACGGCAGUAGAUUCGAGUCUUAUUAAAGAAAAAACAUAAUGUAGUGUGAAACGAAACUGAGUCCGUUCGUUCUCUCAUAUUUUGUCUAUAGCCAUUAGGUGAGAAAGGAUGCUGUAUGCACAUAAGAGUACGUUUUGUAUAUCGUAAGAAAGAGUAUGGACGAUUUUUCAGUCUUGAGAGCUGUAUGAGUCUUUUGAGAGUAAAAUGAAGUGUGAAACAAUGAUAUGUGGGCACAGUGCGAGUCACUAGCUGGUUGCCAAGCAUGUACAGAUUCUUGUGUAAGCGUCAUUGAGUAUUCAUAUGUGCUUAUUAUAAACAAGCAUUACAACUUCGUAGGAACAAAAUUUAAGAAACAGCAAAAUAAAAACAAAUGGAAACUGCGUGUAACACAAUUUUAAAUGAACUGGAGAAAAUAUAAAUAGGCGAAAAAUUUAGUUCUUUGAAAACAAAAGGAUCCGGUUACGGAUACGUUUGAAUGAUUAGUUCAGUAUGUGCUAUAUAUAGUUUUUACUUGUAUAUUAUUGUUCACUUAAAUUCGAAAUGAUAUGUUUAUAUUACGUCUCUUGUGCAGAGAUUAGAAAAUUAAUUGAAUCACACGAUAAAAUUACUAUUUAUCGUCUUGUAAUGUUGUGUGUAUAAUCGCGUGUAAAAUAUUGCAUAAUCCGAAUAGAUUGUAAUUGAUCCUUUUGUUUUUCAAUUUAUAUUCACACAGGCACUUGUACAAGUGUAAAGUGGUAGACCUACUAAAUCGCACUUUGUUCAGUAUAGACGAAAUGCGAAAAAAACACGUAAAAGGUACCUUCGAUUUUUUGUUGUAAUAAACAUGCUACGAAUUUUUUAUAAAAAAAACACCAUCAAAAUUAUUAAAAAUCCUAAUUACAUAAUUAUAAUUUUUAGCGGCGAACAAACUAAUUAAAUUGAAAAACUAUAACAGGGAAGUUUGUUUGUAAGUGCAAAAAAAACACUUUUGUAAUUACAAAUCGAUUACUUUGUGUAUAAAACGGGUACAUUUAAAUUAAAAAAUAUCAAGCCUUCUUAUUGUCUUUAUUCGCAGUUGAAUUUUUCAUGAAUUAAAGUUAUUCGAUAAAGAUAAUAUAAUAGUAUUAAACUAUUUAUUUCAGUCAACUUGGUCGGUAAAGUUUGUAUGUAGAUUUGUAAAAGAUAUACAUUUAAAAUAAGAUCUGGCAUGAUACUAACCAAAACAAUCAGUGCUUGUAUAAAGCAGAAAAAAAUAUUUUAUUUAGACUGACCAGGAGACAAACAAUUGUAAACACUUGAGAAUCGUCGUAACGUAUGCAAUGAAUUCGCAAAGUUUCGGAAAUUUAAAUGGCAAACUAAAAUUUUACUUAAGCUUUAUAGAAAAAGAAAUGGUCUUGAUCAUAAAAAAUAAUAGUUCUGCAACUGAAUGACAAAAAAGAAAGUUCCCCACAUUGGGGUGUAAUUAAAUGCGCUAGAGUUUACUUGUAAUUUAACGGGAAAACAAAAGAGUCUAGAGAUUCAUUACGUUUAGAUCCAUAGGUACAAGCGUAGGUAAUCUGCGGUGGAGAAGCAACGAAAUUAUUUUUCCACCGGACAAAUACUGUAACGUGUACACCCUUGUAAAAUAUUUAUCAUUAUUACCAUUCUCAUCAGGCUGUAUACCAAUUAUAUUAUAAGCGUAUUUUUUACAUCGCUUCUAGUGCUUACUUUUGUAUUUAGUCCCUCGCGCUAUAAUAACAAAAAUCAUACACGUUAGUAUUUUUUUAUAUAGUACGCGACAAUAUACACCGCACUUACAAGUAGUUCCAUUUGUCACGUCAGUAUUUUUCGUUUUCUUUUUUAUUAUUAAUUUAUUUAAAUUAUUUCCUAAGCUAGAAGUGCUCACAGGCGAAUGUCCAAUUGUACAUUAUCUAUACAUUUGUUUACGCCCUUUCAUUAAUUUCUCACAGUAUCCCAAUUGUUUAUCACUAAACAGAGUGAAUAACAAGAAUAACAGAUAUAGAAAUAUUUAGACAAAUCUUUAUAACAACGUACAUCCGAGAAACGCAGUCGUGACGCAAAUAAAUUUUUUACAGAAAAACAAACAAAAAUAUAACAGAGAAAACAAUUCAAUUUUGUAUCUCAUCACAAUAUCCCUGCGUGUCUUUGUCAUCAGUUCGCUAUCGAUAUGGAUUGGACCUCUGCGUAAUUAGAGGAGGCACGCAUCAGCUCGCGCAUCAUCCACUUUUUUC